CGCCUGGCUGCUGCUGCUCUGUUCGUUCUGUUCUGUGUGUCCAUCCAGUUAUCAGGGAGAGCAGCCAGGAAACGGAGACACACCAGAGCCAGUUUGAGUGAAAUUGUUUCGUGCAGGAUUAAAAACGAGUCAAGUUUCGGUCGAGUUGAAAAGUCAAAACUGUCGAAAUGAAGUGUAACAAUUGACCUGAAAGAUUUGCUCUCUCGCAUCUCUUGGUAUAGUCUUUUUCGUCGUGUGUGUGUGUGUGGUUCUGUGUGGGAUUCCCAAGGCCACUGCACAGUGUGUGUGUGUGUGUAUUGUGUUGAGGAAAAAAGAUAUUUCUGAACUCGAUCCAAUUGUAUGAAAGACCUCGCGUGGUUUUGUUUCUCUUUGUGGGGGGUUGGCCCACUUUUUCCCCCUUCAUUUGGACAACCACUUGUCUCACCAUCUCCAAAGAACCCGAAAGACAUCUUGAUCACAGGGUUCUCGGGGCCCGAGGAGUAGCCCUCACGAAGAAGAAGAAGACCAAAACAAACAACCCUAGACAGUUUUGCUUGCAUCGUCUAAAUUAACAAAUAUUGAAAAUGGCAGACGUGGAUCCCGAAACGCUGCUCGAAUGGCUAACGAUGGGCCUCGGCCAAGAGGAGCUGGCCGAGAGAGACAUGCAGCUGGUGGCGUUGGAGCAACUCUGCAUGCUCCUCCUCAUGUCCGACAAUGUCGACCGAUGCUUUGAAAGCUGUCCACCUCGGACGUUUCUGCCGGCCUUGUGCCGUAUUCUUUUGGACAAGACGGCGCCCGAUUCGGUGCUGGAAGUGACGGCCCGCGCCAUCACUUAUUACCUGGACGUAUCGGCCGAAUGCACUCGACGCGUCGUCGCCGUCGACGGAGCUGUCAAGGCCUUGUGCGGACGCCUGGGCACGGCCGACCUCCAGCAACGCACUUCCCGCGACUUGGCCGAGCAAUGCGUCAAGGUCAUGGAAUUGAUUUGCACACGGGAAGCUGGCGCUGUUUUUGAGGCCGGCGGUUUGCAGUGCGUCUUGUCGUUUAUUCGCGACGCCGGAACUCUGGUCCACAAGGAUACACUUCACUCGGCCAUGGUGGUCGUCUCUCGGCUCUGCUCAAAAGUGGAGCCCCACGACCAGGGAUUGGCCGCUUGCGUCGACGCCUUGUCGACUCUACUCCAGCACGAAGACGGACACGUCGCUGACGGAGCUCUCAGAUGUUUCGCCUCGUUGGCCGACCGUUUCACUCGACGCGGCAUCGACCCUGGACCCCUGGCCGAGCACGGACUCGUCUCUGCUCUCCUUUUCCGUCUGUCGAACGCGGCCGGCACUGCGACGACGACGACGACAUCACAACAAUCGACAAAUUCUCCCGCAGCUGCGGCCGCCGGAAGCACCAGCUCGGCCACGGCCUCCGCAGCCACGACUUCUAAUCCGGUGGAAGCGACGGGAACGAAAUCGGCCACUUGCAGUUCCUCCAUUUCGACCGUCAUCAGUUUACUGUCGACUCUGUGCCGAGGAUCGCCCGGAAUCACCCACGACCUUCUCCGCUCUGAACUGCCGGACGCCAUCGAACGGGCCGUCAACGGCGAGGAGCGAUGCAUUUUGGAUACGAUGAGACUCGUCGACUUGCUCCUGGUUCUCCUCUUCGAAGGGCGAAAAGCUCUGCCCCGCAGCGGAGGAGGAGGACUGGCCAACGCGGCCAGCAGUUCGGCGGCGCCAACGACGCCAGGCUCGAGCAUCCGCGGCGGAAGCAGCGGCAGCAGCAGUGGCAGCACAACGGGAUCCAUGCUGCGCCGACUGGACAGCGCAGGGGAGCGGACGCACCGUCAGCUGAUUGACUGCAUCCGCAGCAAAGACACGGACGCCCUGAUCGAUGCCAUCGAUUCGGGCGGCAUUGAAGUCAACUUUAUGGACGACGUGGGCCAGACUCUGCUCAACUGGGCCUCGGCUUUCGGCACCCAGGAGAUGGUGGAAUUCCUCUGUGAACGUUGCGCCGACGUCAACAAGGGCCAGCGAUCCUCAUCUCUCCAUUACGCGGCUUGUUUCGGCCGCCCAGCCAUCGCCAAAGUCCUUUUGCGCUACGGAGCCAAUCCCGACCUGCGCGACGAGGACGGAAAGACGCCGCUGGACAAGGCGCGCGAACGCAACGACGAGGGGCACCGCGAAGUGGCGGCCAUUUUGCAAUCGCCCGGCGAAUGGAUGAUCACUCCCACCUCGUCGACUCCGCCGAAUCCGUCAUCGAUGGCCGACGCUUCGGGGUCGUUCACUUCCAGCGGACUCGGCCGCCGAGGCGACGGUUUGACGCCCAGCUCGACGGCCGUGGCCGAGGACUCUUCCAUUCUGCUGGACGGGACGACGACUUCGACAGAGCCCAAAGGCGACCCGGACAUGGCCCCCGUUUACCUGCGCCGACUGCUGCCCGUCUUUUGCCACACGUUUCAGAGCAGCAUGAUCGUCAGCGUGCGCAAGGCCAGCCUGACCAUCAUCAAGAAGAUGGUGCACUACACCCAGCCGGCCCUGCUCCACUCGCUCUGCUCUCACGAGUCGAACGUGUUCAUCUCGACCCUGGUCGAAGUGGUGGCCGCUGUCCUGGACAACGAGGAGGACGAAGACGGCCACUUGGUCUGCAUGCACAUCAUUCAGGACCUGAUGAACAAGUCGGCCGACACUUUUCUCGACCAUUUCGCCCGCCUGGGCAUCUUCAGCAAAGUCCAAAUGCUGGCCAACGGUGACGGACAGGAGAAUAACGGAGAGAAUUCCUCUGGGCAGUCAGUUGAGGGGGAACAACUGCAACAACAACAACAACAACAGGAGGAAGAAGAAGAUGCGGCCGCUUGUUUGGAAUCGGCCGACACCGAAGACAAAGCCAAUGCGGAACUGCAGUUUGUUGACUCGACCGCCACCGCUGGCCAACAGCCGACCAAACCGCAAGGAGAAACUACCGCCACUGCCACCCCUACCGCAUCGACCACCAGCGCUCAAGUGGACGUGGUCAAGGAGUUGAUGGCCGGGCGACCGUAUCACUGGCGGGACUGGUGCAUCGCCCGCGGUCGCGAUUGCCUCUACAUUUGGAGCGACGCCGCGGCUUUGGAACUGUCCAACGGAUCCAACGGAUGGUUCCGCUUCAUCUUGGACGGCAAACUGGCCACCAUGUACUCGUCGGGAAGCCCUGAGGGCGGGUCAGACAGUUCGGAGAAUCGAGGCGAAUUCCUCGACAAGUUGCAGCGCGUCCGCACCCAAAUCAAACCGGGAACGAUGAGCCAAGCCGUUUUCCCGCCCGGCGUCAAAAUACCCGACGCCCUCCGACUGACGGUCGGCAACUGGUCACUGUCGUCGGCCAAAGACGGAGAAUUGGUCAUCCAGAACUCUGACGGGCAGCAGCAGGCCACCAUUUUGCGCGAGGAUCUGCCCGGCUUCCUCUUUGAAUCCAAUCGAGGAACCAAACACACUUUCACGGCCGAAACGGCCCUGGGACCAGAGUUGGCGGCCGGUUGGGCUCCCGUUCACUGCCCGGGAUCGGGCGGAAGACGCAGCGUCGGUGGAAAUGGAACCGGACGCUCGGGUCUGGUCAGCGGCGGACGUUUCCGCUCGUCGCAAGUGGAGGCCACCAAGCAGAAGGUGCGGGCUCAAGCCCAGGAGAUUUACCAGCGCUACUUCCAGGUGGCUCAGGCUCAGCCCAGGGGCGUCGUGGCCCGUCUGGCCGCCAUCGUCGUCCACAUCGAGCGCGGAUGCGCCGCCCAGGAGAACAACCGGGAACAGCAGAGCCGCGACCACUCGUCGUCGCAAGGAGGAGGCGGAGCCUGGCGCGAUCUCCUCCGCUCGUCACUCAACGACUUCCGCUCUCUCCUGGAAGGAGAAGACACAACUUUAUCGGCUUUCGAACUGCAAUCCAGCGGCCUGGUCCAGGCACUUCACCGCCUCCUGUCACCGGCCGGACUGGACGAUUACCUGCAGGGAACUCGACGCGGCAACCGACUGCUGCGCCAGCGUGUGGCCAUCUUCCGCGAAUGUUUCCAAUCGGCCGACUACCUCUACCAGAACGGGCCAAAGGGACCGGCCACUUGCCUCGUCCGCAAAUUGGUUUCCGUCCUGGAAUCGAUCGAGAAACUGCCCGUCUACUUGUACGACGCUGCCGGCGGCUCGACCAACGGCCUGCAGACGCUGACGCGACGACUCCGCUUCCGACUGGAGCGCAGUCCAGGUGAAACUGGGCUGACAGACCGCACUGGCCGUGCUUUGAAAACGGAGCCGCUGACGACGGUUGGGCAGCUGGAAAAGUACCUGCUCAAAAUGGUGGCCAAGCAGUGGUACGACUACGAGCGAUCGACUUUGGCUUUCGUCCGCAAAAUCCAGGCGGCCACAGCCCCGCCGACGGUGACCGGCUGCCCGUCGGCUUCUCCUCUGGUGUUCCGCCACACCCGCGAUUUCGACGAGGGCGGCAUCAUCUAUUGGCUGGGCACCAACGGCAAAACGGUUCCCGAUUGGGUCAAUCCCGCUCAGGUGGGUCUGGUGGUUGUGACGUGCUCCGAAGGACGCAACUUGCCCUACGGCCAUUUGGAAGACAUCCUGUCGCGUGACAGCGCGGCCCUCAAUUGCCACACCAACGACGACAAGCGCUCGUGGUUCGCCCUGGAUCUCGGCCUCCACCUCCUGCCCACGGCCUACACGCUGAGACACGCCCGCGGCUACGGCAAAUCGGCCCUACGUCACUGGCUCCUCCAAGUCUCCAAGGACGGACUCUCGUGGACGACCCUCUUCACCCACGUCGACGACUGCUCCCUCAACGAGCCCGGAUCGACGGCCACUUGGCCCCUGGAGCCGCCCGGCGGCGAAACACAAGGAUGGAGACACAUCCGUAUCCAGCAGAUGGGCAAAAACGCCUCGGGACAGACGCACUACCUCAGCGUCAGCGGAUUGGAACUCUACGGAACGGUGACGGGCGUCUGCCAGGAUCUGGGCCGGGCGGCCAGAGAGGCCGAGGCCAAUCUGAGGCGACAGCGGCGAAUGGUCCGCCAUCAAAUGCUGCGUCACUUGGUGCCGGGCGCUCGAGUCGUCCGAGGACUCGACUGGAAGUGGCGCGAUCAGGACGGAUCCACCACCACUGCGGCGGCGGCCAGUGCCGGAGGUUUGGCCCAGCCGGCCGAAGGCCUGGUGACGGGAGAGCUGCACAACGGCUGGAUCGACGUCCAGUGGGAUCACGGCGGAUCCAAUUCCUACCGGAUGGGAGCAGAAGGCAAAUACGAUCUGAGGUUGGCGCCUUCGUACGAUCCCGACGCCGCCCAGCAACAACAGCCAACGACAGCCGCCGCCGCUUCGUCGUCGACAGCGGGCAAAACAUCUUCUGCCCUCAAGACCAUCAACCUGGACAAAUCGUGCACUUCGCUGGCCACGGGCGUCAAAUCUUCGACCCCGACGUCAACUUUGACCAGCACCGGACCCGGCAACGCCCUGACUGGUAGCCGCAAAUCCAGUUCCACCCCCAGUUUGCCGGAAGCCACCGGAGUGGUGAAACCCUCUGUGGCUUCGACGGAGCAGGCCACCUCGGUGGAUAAUCUCUUGACCUCGUCGUCUUCAUCAACGGCCGCCGCUUCGGCCGUGGCCGAAAGUGUUUUGAGUCUGGCCAGCGCCGAAGCCGGCCUGGUGUCGUUCGAGCGCGUCCGCGGCGACAGCACGGGAACGCAGAGCACAGACGACGACGAAGCGACUUCGACGGCCGUCGCCGCCCUGGUGGGGGCCCUCAGUCUGAUGGAUCCCAGCGGCUCAUCCGCCGAAGGAGCAGCCGGCGAGUCUCAAGUUUCCGACAGUCACAAGAACGCCAAGAACACUUAUUUGGCUGGACAAUCGACUGCGACGGCCACGGGAGCUGCAGCCACUCAACUCAUGGAUCACUCGAGUCUCUUGACCUCUUCCGGCGCUGCCACUGGAUCAUCGGCCGCAUCCAUCAGCUUGUCGGCGGCCAGUCAAGCGGCCGCAGCCGCCGCAUUGGACGGCAUCGUCGUCGACGAUUCGCUCAUGGCCGACGUGACGGAAGAAAUGCUGGAAAUCAACGCGUUCGAUCUGCUCCGCAGCCUGGAACGACAGGCCAGUCAAUUGCAGGCCGAAGCCGAAACGAUGGCCGCCGCCUCGUCGGCCCUUUCUCACGUCGAAUUAGCCGGGCAACAGCAACAACAACAACAGGCGGAUGACGAACAGGACGACAUGUCGUCGCCUCCUUCGCCUCCCUCCCAGUCGGUCAAAGUGGCUUCCGGCGCCGCUUCUGGCGUUCGCACGUCUGGUUCCAUGAGCGUCAGCGUCCCCAAUUUGACGACGACGUCAUCAGAGCCGGAACGAGAAGUGGGCGGCGGACCCACGCCAGCUGCUUUCCUCGAAAGCUUCGCUAAUGUGGCCCGAAGACGCCACCAAGCGGGCAAUGCUGCCAACAGUGGAAGCGGCGGAGCAUCGGGAGGAAACGCUUCCGGCUCACCCGUCGACCUGUCGAAUGCCAAUCGAUCCAGCGGAUCCAACAGCGGAGCGGGCGCAAUGGCGGGCGGCGGUCACGGCCACGGCGCUAGCGGAACCAACGCCGUCAACGUCUCGUCUUCCUCGUCAUCGAACGCCUCGUCGUCGCUGCUCUUCCCUCGCGGUCCCAAUUCCGUGUCCAGUCUGGUCCGUCUGGCCCUGUCCUCCAACUUCCCCGGCGGACUGCUCAGCACGGCCCAGAGCUACCCGAGUCUGAGCAACACGCUGAGCAGCCUCUCGUCGGUGGCCAGCCACGCCGUUUCCAUGGCGGGCGCCUCUUCCACCAACUUGCACCACGCCCACGGCGGCGCUGGUGCCGGCCAGGGGGGACACCAGCAGACGAGCAGCAGCAGCAGCCACGGAUUGAGCCAGGCGCUGUCGAUGAGUCUGACGGGCUCCAGCGACUCUGAGCAAGUCAGUUUGGAGGACUUUUUGGAGAGUUGCCGGGCCGGCACUUUGCUGGCCGAGCUGGAAGACGACGACGAGUUGCCCGAGCCGGACGAGGACGACAACGAAGACGACGAUGAAAACGAAGACGAUGAAGAUUUCGAGGAAGUGACGGAAGAGGAUGGAGGAGGCGGAGUCAGCAGUCUGGUGGGCGGGGCGGGCGACGGCAGCGGAGCCGGAUCUCGACACGUGACCGGCAACACGAAGCGACGCAGUUGGGACGACGAAUUCGUCCUCAAGAGACAAUUUUCCGCCUUGAUUCCGGCCUUUGAUCCCCGUCCGGGCCGUACCAACGUUCACCAAACGUCCGAUCUUGAAAUUCCGCCACCCGGAGCCGCCGAAGGAGCGCAAGGAGCCGAAGCCGUCAUCACCACUUCUUCGUCUCCGUCCUCGUCGGGCCUCUCGGCCACCGGCCAGCAAUUGCAGCAGCAGUCCGUCAUUCAAUCGAUGGACGUGGAAGCCGACGCCGAUCUGGUGCCGCAACCCAAAUUGCACCUGGUCCUGCGCGGCCCAUGUCUGCCCAACAUCCCCGACGUGGAAAUUGAGCUGACGGACAGCGACUGGACCGUCUUCAAAGCCGUGCAGAAGCUGAUCCAGGCCUCGGCCCUGGGCACCCGCCAGGAGAAAUUGCGCCGCAUCUGGGAGCCGACCUACACGCUCGUCUACAAGGAGCUCAAGGACGAGGCCGGUGCCGUCGUCGUCGUCGGUCCCUCGACGGGCGGAGCGAUGGGCGACGCGGCCGGACAGCGCCGACUGAUGGACGACGAACUCUUUUUGCCCGACUUUGACGUCAACACGCAGACGAGCAACACGGUGGGCUCGUGCAGCGUCGGCGACGUCCUCCUUUUGCUGCGGCAGCUCUACGUGCUGAGCAGCCGGCCACCGGCCGCCGGCGAGCAGUCGGAUGUGGAGCAGCAGCAGCUGCAGCAUCAAUCGCACCACAGUCCGACCAUCUUUAUUCCGCUGGAGGAGUUUAGCAGCAAGAAAGUGACCAACAAGUUGAUGCAACAACUUUCCGACCCUCUGGUCGUGUCGUCGGGCGCCCUGCCCGCCUGGUGCGAGCAGCUCCUGACCGUCUGCCCCAUUUUGAUUCCGUUCGAGACGCGCCAGAUGUACUUUCACGCCAACGCUUUCGGCACUUCUCGAUCGAUCGUUUGGCUGCAGAGUCAACGCGAUUCGGCCGUCGAGAGGCAGAGAAACACGGGCGCCGUUCCCAGACGGGACGACCCGCACGAGUUCCGCGUCGGCCGGCUGAAACACGAGCGUGUGCGAGUGCCCCGCGGCGAGCGGCUCCUGGACUGGGCUCAGCAGGUGAUGAAGGUCCACGCCGACCGCAAGGCCAUUUUGGAGGUUGAAUUCCAGGACGAGGAAGGGACGGGCCUGGGUCCGUCGCUCGAGUUUUACGCUCUGGUGGCGGCCGAGAGUCAGCGACGCGAUUUGGCCCUUUGGAUCUGCGACGACGAGGACGAAAACGAGUUGACGGCGUCCGAAACGGCGGCCUCCGUGGCGGAUUCAGGAGUCAAACCGCCCGGCUAUUACGUGGUGCGGCCGUCGGGUCUCUUCCCGGCCCCGUUGCCCCAGGACUCCCCCAUCUGUGAUCACGCCGAGCAGCUCUACUGGUUCCUGGGAGUUUUCCUGGCCAAGGCCCUCCAGGACGGCCGCCUUGUCGAUUUGCCUCUCUCGACCCCUUUCCUCAAAUUAUUGUGCCAGGGCGACGUCUCAUGCCCGGCCCAGCAGCCCGUUGUCGUCAGCGACAGCAAACGGAAUAAAAACUACCGGGCUGGAUCUCACCCGCCGCCGCAGCAGCCGCCCCCACCUCCUCCACAACAACAGCAACAACAGCAGCAACAACAACAACAGCAACAAGAAGCGGAAGACCCCAUGACGUCGUCCGUUUUCUCGCAGGACGGCGACGUGCUGGGCGGCAACGGUAAACCGUUGACGGGCAGCAGCAGCCCUCGAGAUCCGUCGCUGCCCUGGUUCUCCGGCAUCCUCUCGCACGAAGAUUUGGCCGUGGUGGAUCCGACCCGCGGCCGAUUCCUCCUCCAGUUGCGAGCCCUGGCCACUCGUCGCCGUCAGAUCCUGACGGACCCGACGCUCAGCCACGAGGAUCGCUGCCGCCAGGCCGACAACUUGGCCCUGGCACAGCCCAAUCUGUUGAACAGCAACACGACGACGACCGUGUCGAGCGUGUCGAGUCAGAGCCACAGCAACAUGUCGCAGAAGCCGGCCACCAUCGUCCCGCCGCAAUCUCAGAAGAUUCAGAGCGCCGCCCAGGGACAGGGGCAGGGAGUCGGAGGCGGAGUCCGCCUCGAGGAUUUGGCGCUGACGUUCCAGUUUGCCCCGUCGUCCAAAGUCUUUGGAUUCACCGACGUUGAAUUGCGUUCCGGCGGUGCCGAUUUCGAGGUGACGCUGGAAAAUGUCGAGGAUUACGUGGAACAGAUGGCGGAAUUUUGCCUGGAACGAGGCAUCCGCCGCCAGAUGGAGGCCCUUCGCCAGGGAUUCGACCGCGUUUUCCCCAUGUCGCGAUUGGCCGGCUUCAGCCCGUCUGAGCUGCGGCUGCUCCUGUGCGGCGACCAGAGCCCCAGCUGGACGCGCGAGGACAUCCUCAACUACACGGAGCCGAAGCUGGGCUACACCCGCGACAGCCCGGGCUUCCAACGGUUCGUCAACGUCCUGACGGGCAUGAACGCCGAGGAGCGCAAGGCCUUUCUCCAGUUCACGACGGGCUGCUCGUCGCUGCCGCCCGGCGGACUGGCCAAUCUCUACCCGCGUCUGACGGUCGUCCGCAAAGUGGACGGCGUCAGCGACCGCAGCGGAUGCGUCAACGGCAGCUACCCGUCCGUCAACACGUGCGUCCAUUACCUCAAAUUGCCCGAGUACGACUCUGAGGAGAUUUUGCGCGAGCGGCUCCUGGCCGCCACUCGCGAAAAGGGUUUCCACCUCAACUGAAACCUCAGCCCCACACACAAUCCGAAAGUAAAACCUUUUUUUUUUUUCGUUGCCUAAACAUCAUUUUUUUUGAAUUUGAAUUUUUGUUUAAUCCUUAACCCUUUUGGCGGGCUUUUUCAUUGUGCGUGCAUCCACACCAUUUUUUAAUUCAUUCAUAUUUCUUGGUUCGCCUCAAUUUUCCCCCUGGAAUUAUUAAUUUUUUUUUCUUGUUGGAGUUUGACUUUUGUCACCAUUUCACCGUUUUUUUUUUGGCUCUCUCGUGUACCCCCAAAUUGUUUCCCCCCUAAAAUGCCCCACCAGCCACUACACCCGAUGUGAAAAAACCAAAGUUUUUGCGAUUUUCAGAGGAGAAAAACAGACAGACAAAGAGGAAAGGAAAAAAGUAGCGCUAGUGUCAUUUGAUCCCAGUUGGAAGGCGGGGUGUGGAUCAGCUGGUGAAGGUGAAGGAAAGAAAAGAAGAAAAUGAAGGCAGCAGCUUAUUUGUUUGUUUUUAUUAUUUUUCCCCCCCAGUCCCUGCAACGUGAACAUUUCUUUUGUUUUUCGAUUGGCUUGUUUUUUGUUCCAAACUGCAGGAUACAUAAAGAUGAAACGUAAAUCAACGACUACUUGCUCCCCCCUGAUGAUGAUGAUGAAAAUCGUGUGUCCUUUCCCCAUGUAAUCCCUUUGAUACAAUUUAGGGCUCAAUCAACGGCCAGCUCUCCUCUAUUUUUUAAUUUUAACUUGUCGCCUAGAUCUAAAAGAAUUCUAAAAAGAAAUUUGCCAUUUCCUUUGCUAAUCUUUGACUCGCUGGUAACAGGAAGACAAAAGAGAAACAGGAAAAGAGAAAACGAGUGCGCAAUUGGUUUUCUUGUUACCUCCCCCAUCAGCUCCCUGAUAUCACCGCGCCCCUUAUUGAUGGCAUCCACUAAAAAAAUAGACUAAAAACGGAAAAAUUCGUUUGCGAGAACUUGCGGAAAUCUCGCAAGUCGGUAGUGAAUCGAUGGUAGGACACCAGCAGAGAGUGGGGAAAAAUAAAAGUUACACACGAGCCUCUUAUUGUCGGCAUUUGGAGAUCUUUAAACGUGUGUGAUUGCGUGUCGGUUAAUGAGACUGUGGGACUCUUGUCCACAUUUCGACCGCUGCACUUUACUUCUCAUUUAGCGCGCCAUCCCCCCCCCACCACAUUUAUUGUGAAAUUUCAACUCGCAUCUUUAUAAUAAAAACAAAAAUUUAUUGUGCCCUCAUCAUCCCCAACCCCCUCACACACACACAUAUGAUGUAAUCUUUCUCGCAUCGAUUGCGCAUUGAUUGAUUUCAUUAAUUAUGAUUCAAUUUAUAUGUUCGUCUCACUCCCAUCCCGGCUACACCCCUUUCUAUUCUCGCCCUCUCCAAAGAACUACUAUCGGGAUUUUGUCUUGUUUUGUUUAUCUCUUCUCUUCUUCAAUAUAUUCUGCUCCUCCUUAUUCAGAUAUUUCAUGUUUGUCAUUUGGUCAUGCCGGAUUUACUCUUGCACAUGAUGGUGUAGUAACUACUACUUUAAUCAAGUAUACGUUUCAACGAUAA